GGCAGGAAUGCAGUCCAUACCGAUGUGAUGCUGCUACUGCUGCUCUAAAUGCCAGUCUCUGCCAGUGUCACUGCAAGUCCACGAUCCAGAAAUUACUGGAGUGUUGCACCGUGCAAAACAUUUCAGCAGCGCAGCUGAUGGAAACGGGGUCCGCUAGACAUGUGCGCGAACGUUUUCGGCGCGUUGAAAAGCCUGUUUAGGAAACCCUUUGAUGGUGGGAAGAGGACGAUGGAUCAUGGCAGUCAGCAGCCACAGACUCCGCAGAUGCCAGGACCCUUCACAGGUUAUGCGGGACCCCAGGGCCCGUACCCUGGGCAGCACCCAGCCCUGUUACGGCUGGACGAGGUGCAAAGGGAGAUUGCCACCCUGGGCCCACAGGUGUGCUCUUACAGCGGCCUGCAGAGCGACAGAGAGUACAAACGACUGGAGCGAGAGCUGACCCGAUUACUGCUGGAGGUCGAUAAGGUGGAGACGGAGGGCCGGCCGGAGCUUCAGCAGGCUCGGAAGCGUGCGGCAGGAGAGGUGGAGGGUCUGCUUCGCUACCUGGAGGGCAACGCUACGCAUCCGUCUCGGCUGGCCAUUGGGGAGCUGACCCAGGAGGUGCAGAACUUGCUGAAUGAAGGGGUUGUGGGGCCGUUCCGGCAGGGCCAGGCUCAAGAUGCCUUUGAGAUCAGUGAGGAGCUGGUGGAGGCUGUGCAGGACGUGGCCAUGCGGCUGGCUCAGGUUAAGACGGGUGGCAGUGUCCCCCUAAGGAAGGCCCGUUACAAAGCGCUGACACGGGUCUGUGCCGUACAGGAAUUACUGGAGGGUCGUGUCCGCACUCAAACGCUGGCGCUGCCGUUGUCCGAUGACACGCAUGAGGCUGUGCAGCGUAUUAAUCAAGUCAUGGCGCAGGUGAGUGGUGCCCGGUGCCAGGAAGUGGCUCUGCUGAUGGGUCUGAGUGGGCGCGAUAGCUGUGCCCACCUGGCGAGGAUCCUUACAGAGCUGUUGGUUGAACUGGACGCCCUGGAUGUGUCUAGUAAUGCUGCAGUGAGGAACUACAGAAAACAAGUGGUGGAGGAGAUCAACGGUCUGCUAAAACAUCUUGACCUGGAGGGAGAAGGAGAGGACACACGCAGGUAUGAUCUAGCGCAGAAUGACUCGAUCCGUGAAAUUGAAGCGAUCAGGGGCCGCGUCUCAGUGCUGCGGGAGGAGGUGCUCCGGCACGGUGCUGCAGGACAGGGGACGGAGCUGCAAGGUCUCCUCACGCACCUGGAUCAGGUGGACACGGGGCGAAAUCCCUGCAUCCGGGAGGCACGGCGCAGGGCCGUGCUGGAAGUUCAGGCGCUCAUCACCUUCCUAGACCUCUGGGAAGCCCUUGGACGGCGUAACCCCGUAUCAGACGAGCCUCCGCCUCAUGCAGCCGUGUGGCGUGUCUUAGCCAGCCUGUGUGACCUGCAGGCUCAGGCUUUGGGCUUUGACGGCAAGAGGGCUGACAAGAGCUACAUGGUAUUAGAGGAGCUACUGACCAAACAACUUCUGGCUCUUGAUGCUGUGGACCCUCAGGGUGACCAGGGGACCAAAAAUGCCCGUAAGCAAGCUGUUAAACAUGCCCAGAAUAUCCUUAGUUACCUGGAUAUGAAGACAGAUGAGUGGGAGUACUGAGAGGCCCAUAAAAGAGACUGGGAAUAAGGAGCUGCAAGGAAAAAGGCAAAUGUUUUUUUGCCUCUUGUGCGACAUAUGAGGACACGGUCGUGGGCGGAAUUUAUAAUUUGUAUAUAAAAGACUGUGUAUCGCCGUGGGCAGCGAGACUGUUACCCAUGAUGCACUGCACCUGCUGCUUUUAUUGGUCCAUUACUGGUCCCUGAAAGCUGCCUUUCUCCUGGCAGAAGGAAACAUGGUUUCUACUGCAUACGAAGCGUUUGUUUUCA